AUGGCAGCCGAUGAUAUGCAGACAUCGGAACAGCAAAUGCGAACACUUCAAUUUAACGACAAGGUGUCACGCCUUAACAGAGAAUUUAUUCGACAGCUACAAGAAUGGUACAAGCAGUGUGCUCAUUAUGAUUUUUCUAAUUCUGUCAAAUCCUACUUGGAACAUAUGAAACGACUUGAUGAAAUGUACUCUGGAAAACCUAUUCCGAAGGCUACGGGUAAGGAAACUCCUACAACAUCGACAUCGGGACGAGUUAUUGCCAAGGCAAAACGUCGAAUUGAAGGAAGUGCCAAAUGCGAUGAACUAAAUAAUUCGGUAAAGGUUUCCACGCCAUCUGGUGCUCCUCCACGUUUCAGUCUUGGUGAUGUUUCUGUGAUCAAGCCAAAUUUGGACGUUACCUUGACAGUUCCUACGCCAAAGGUAUUGACCUUGUAA